GGAUGUGGCCAGGGUGGCUUUCUCGAGCUGGGAUGAAGGACUUGAGCAGAAACUCAUUGCCAGCUUCUUCCCUGCGUGAGCGCCGACCGAGUCCCAGGUCCCCCGGCUUCCCCCGGGACACUGUGCACGGUGCCUGGUCUUGAACAGCCAUGACGAUGGAGGUGCUCCCCAAGGCCCUGGAGGUAGACGAGAAGUCUCCAGAAUCCAAGGACCUGCUGCCCAGCCAGACAGCCAGCUCCCUGUGCAUCAGCUCCAGAAGUGAGUCUGUCUGGACCACCACCCCCAGGAGCAACUGGGAAAUCUACCGCAAGCCCAUCAUCAUCAUGUCAGUGGGAGCUGCCAUUCUGCUCUUUGGUGUGGCCAUCACCUGUGUGGCCUACAUCUUGAAUGAGAACAAUAAGGUUGUGCCCGCCCUCAAGAUGAUAGGCCCUGCCUUCCUGUCCUUGGGACUCAUGAUGCUGGUGUGUGGGCUGGUGUGGGUGCCCAUCAUCAAAAAGAAGCAGAAGCAAAGGCAGAAGUCCAACUUCUUCCAAAGCCUCAAGUUCUUCCUCCUGAACCGCUGAUGGCAGCCUGACCAGAAGAUCUGCUGACCAGCAUCCAGCCUCCUAACCUUCUCUCUGGGUACCACAAAGCUGAUCCAGGCAAACCCUCCUCUUGGCCCUGAGAGCAGGACAGAGCUCAGGGUCUCACCCUCACACAACCUAACAGUGUUGCUGGCUAAGUCUCACCUGGUUUCUCCAUCGCUGUUGAUGCUUUCUUGGAUAUUCUCAAUAUUCUCAUCCCUGGCACCUACAUUUAACCAUCAUCCAGCCCACUCUCUCUGACAAGGGCAGUGCAUGCUGGGAAAUUCUUUGGGGGUUGACUAUGCUCCUAAGAAGAACUUCAUGUUAUAAUUGUGUGUCUAAGCUGGAUUCUACAUCUGCAUCCUUCUGGAACCAAAACUGAUCAAGGAGGGAAGGAUGACUUCAGACCCACUGGGUUUGUCAGUCUUGGCUCCCUCCUUGGUUGAGACAUUGACUAGCAUUAUUAGAGACAGGACAAUUCUCAUGUAUUACACAUUCCAAAAUCUGGACAAGGAAGGGAGAUGGGAAAAAAAUACUGUCCAGGGCAGAUCAUUCCUCUGGGCAUUGUUCUAGAAGUUAGCUAGCCAAGGAAGUUCAUUCUCAAAUCCAAAGUAUUGACACCAGGGGCAGGCUAAGCGGUGUCACGGUUUCCCCUCGACCCUCCAAUGCCCUUUUCACAGACUGCCUUCAUCUUGGCUGUUAGUCAAGAACAAAUGCUCCUUGUUCUAACUCCUUCUCCCACCCCACCUCUGUCUCUAUGCAUCGCUAGAACAGAAGGAUGGAAGGGCACAGAUGGUCAUCUCUUCCUCUCAAUCAAGACCUAACCUGAAAUGGAACACCAUGUCCAAAUGUUCCAUGGGUUUCUAGAGACAGAUUCACCAAAGAAGAUCCCAACCUCUGUCAUCCCUGCUCCUCCCACACCAAACAAGCAAGUGUUUAUUGAAUUUCCUUCUCUGGGCCUAGAUUGGGAACAGACAGACCCAGUCCCUCAUCUCAUCUUAU